AUGCCCCUAUCUACGAUUAAUAUGUAUCCAGAAAUUAUUACUACCGAACCAAUUGCAUUGUCUACAAGCUAUACUGAGCGCACCAAACAAAUAUCCGUCGUAUCAAAAGACUCUAUCACUCAUCGAUACCCAAACAUGCAAAGAAUCCAAAAUAUCGAGCUUGUCUGGCUAGAUUCCAACGUCAUAUCUGACCAAUCAAUCGCUCAACUACACAACGUCGUUUACAAUGUUCAUACGUAUACCAACAGUGAACAAUGCAUUAAAUUUAUGCGAGGUGUUCAGGAUUGCAAGGUACAUUUGAUUAUUUCCGAUCGACUUGCUCAGCAUAUUGUACCAGAUUUACAUGACAUAUAUUCAUUGGAUAUCAUUCUCAUAUUUUGUUCCGACGAAAACUAUGAUGAACAAUGGACAACGCGAUGGACGAAAAUUAAAGGUAUUUUCACGGAUAUCACAAAACUUUGUGCAGCUUUACAACAAACAAUCGAUCAAAAUGAACAAAAUUCUCUUCCGAUGACUUUUGUAUCAGUCAACCAGAAACUCGAUCAAUUAGACCAAACUUAUAUCUAUACUAAAAUGCUAAAAGAACUAUUAAUGGCAAGUCAAUUCGAAGACAAACAUAUGGCACAGUUUAGUACAUAUUGUCGACAACUAUUUGUUGACAAUAAUGUUCAAUUGCAAAAUAUCACUGAAUUCGAGCAAUCAUAUUGCGACAAAACACCAAUAUGGUGGUAUACGCAUUCGCCUUUUCUUUAUUCAAUGGUUAAUCAUGCGUUGCGAUUGAUGAUUAGUGAUGUGAUUGUACGAACAAGAUUUUUCAUUGAUGCACUUCAUCAACAUAUCGACCAAUUGCACAAAAUACAGUGCACAAAUCAAUCGUUUAUUGUACCGUUUACGGUUUACCGUGGGCAUGGUCUAUCGAAAACUAAAUUUGAGGAAUUAGUUCAUUCUCUACACGGUUUUCUAUCGUUUAACACGUUCUUAUUCGCAAGUAAGGAUCCAAGAACGUCGCAUAAAUUUAUUGAAAGUAUCGUUAAAGAUUCUGAUUUGAUUGGGAUUCAUUUUAUUCUGCAUAUUGACCCGACACAAACAGUAACACCAUUUGCUUUCAUUGGUGAUAUUAGUUAUUCACGAGACGAAAAUGAAGUUCUCUUCUCUUUACAUACUAUCUUUCGUAUCGAUAGUAUCAAACGGAUCGAUGCUGAUGAUAAUCGUCUUUACGAAGUGAACUUGACGCUUACUGAUAGUAUUAACGAAGAGUUGUAUGUUUCUACAGAUAGUAUUAAGCCCUCAAAUCUUUCAAACACUGAGGCUUGGCAUCAACUAGCUGAGGCUCUACUUAAAAACAAUCAAUUUCGUCAAGCUGACGAGGUAUAUAACAGCUUAUUGAAUAGCACAACCAUCGAAAAUGAACAAGCUGUUAUCUAUAUACAACUGGCUUGGAUUCAAGAAAAACAAGAACACUAUCGCGAAGCAAUGCACUUCUAUGAAAAAGCAAUAGAAAUCUACGAGAGAACUCUUCCAUACAAUCAUUUGACUCUAGUUAAUCUCUACAAAUGGAUAGGCAGUAUCGUUUAUAAUAUAGAAGAAUAUUCCAAAGCACUUUCAUUGUUCAAAAAAAUCCUUCAUAUUCAGCAGCAAUCAUUAGCGCCGGAUCAUAUUGACUUAGCUGACACUUAUAACUAUAUUGGCAAUAUUUACUGCAAGAUGAACGACUAUGCAGAAGCACUCGCAUAUCAUGAGAAGGCGUAUGCUGUUCGACAACAAUCAUUACCUACGAUUCACUCAGAUCUAGUCCUUUCUCUUGACAAUAUCGGUGUAUUACACUACAAUAUGGGCAAUUAUUCGCAAGCACUCAUAUAUCAUCACAAAAGUCUCGUAAUUCAACAACAAUUACCAUCUGUCGAUCAACUUGGUUGGAGUAAAUCGUACGAUAACAUUGCAAAUGUACAUUACAGUAUGCAUGACUAUGUACAAGCACUAGAAUUUUAUAAGCGAGCUUUAGAAAUCAAACAACAAUCACCUUCACCUGCACCCAUCGAUCUGAUCAGAUCUUUUACUAAUAUUGGUGACACAUAUGAUUGCCUGAAUCAUUAUCCAAAAGCGCUUCAAUCAUACGAAAAUGCGCUUGCAAUUCAGCAACAAUCAUUUCCUACUAAUUAUCCAGAUCUUUCCAAAUCCUACUAUGAUAUUGGUCGUAUGCAAUACAAACUGGACAAAAAUUUACAAGCAUUGUCAUCAUUUGAGAAAGCCCUGGAAGUCCAGCAACAAGCUUUACCUUCCAAUCAUCCUGAUUUAAUAACAACGUACACCAGUUUGGCUGAUGUUCACAACAGUUUAAGCGAUUAUUCGAAAGCACUUUCAUCAUACGAAAAGAUUCUCGAAAUACAGAAACGAAUGUCACCAUGUAAUCCAGUUGAAUUUAGUAAUACUUAUGUCAAUAUUGCUAAUACACAACUCAAAAUGGGUGAUCGUCCGAAAGCUCUCGUAUCAUACCAAAAAGUUCUCAUUCUUCGUCAAACAGCACUUGCUAAAAAUUCUCUUGAUCGACAUCAAGCUUGCGAUCACGUCGCACAUCCAGAAGACUCUUAA